UGUACUGUGCCAAUGUACAUCCAAUGUAGAUGGGACCAGGCAGUGAGUUGAGCGUGAGAUGAAAUCUGUUCCGGGAUCUGUACUCGACACUUGUUUGCUGAGUAACCGAUAAAGAGUUAUUCCAUGUAGACAAUCCAAGCAAAAGAUAUACUCGAAUCUUAAGUUGAUUCUCCAAGAAAUAACGCUUUCAAGGACCUGAUCUUAUGUUAAAUAGCAACAGUGUUUUCCAUCACACUCAUAACAUCUCAACGCAUGACGGAGGAGAUACGCCGCCAAAGCUCGCCGCACGGAAGCGGGUCGCUGGUAGAUGGAUCGGGGGAUUCGCCACCAGUGAUGUUGAGCUCUCCAGCUGACGAGGAAAACGGCGAGCCCCUCCAGUCUUCCAGUUUUGGUGGAGAAGGAUCCAGCAAACAUAGUACCCUGAGUAACAAGGACAAUGUGUCCACCCAUCAUGUUCAACUAGGCCGGCCUCAGGCACAUCCUUACCCCCACCCAGGCUCCCCAAUCUCGGACGAGGAAAGCCCCUUGUUGGAGGCAAAGCGCUCCGCCACCUCAAGUCGAGCAGGCAGUCGUGCUGGUAGCUCUUCAGCUAAAGGCACCUUAGGUUCUCAGAAGGGUAGAGUACACAGGCGUUCCCUAUCUAUGAUUGUUCAGCCAGGCAGUGUUAGAAGGCAUCUGAAUAUUGUGGAGAAUGAGUAUGAUGUAGAGACAGCAAUGAGUGUUCCAGCUACCCCAGUUCCUCAGAACCCGCCACCGCCUCCGAUAGACUUCAACCUAUAUGCUACGAAGAAGACGAUAGCGGAGGGCUUUUUGGUAGUGGCUCUCCUUGCUGCUAAUGCUGCCCAACUUAAGACUAUCAUCACAGCAGGCAAAGAGAAUCAAUUCCAUGGCUUUGUCACUGCCCUGGUCAUCCUCUCCAUCGUACUCUUAAUCAUCGUCAUCGUCUUCCUGCUCCUUCUAGGCCGUGAUAACCUCAACGAUGUCUACAAACAACGAAAGUUGGAUUGGAUCAACAACUUUGCCACAGCUCUUGUUUUCUGUAUUGUAUUCAUGAACAUCUUUGUAUGCGCGUUUGGAAUAGAACAUGCACCCUUAUAGUGUUGGCUGUGUCCGUUUUCAUAAACAGAGUAGGUCAUGUAGCACUUUUCUAGUAUUAAAAAGAGAUAGACAUGGUAUUUUUAUGAAGACUAAUAUAAUACUGCAUUAAAUUUUGCAAUAGAAAACUCUGCCCUUGAUGAUGCAGUGGGUUUAGAAAGUUUUAGCAAAACAUUGUACAUUAUGAAUGUCAAUGAAAAAAAAACAUCCAGAUGAUAAAGAGAAACAAUGGAUGAUUCAUUUAUGUAGAUGAGUUCUGAAUAAUCUUAUAAGAUAUUAAUUUGAUUUAUCACGCUUGCAGUGGUAAACUGGAAUAGCAAUUAAUUCAAGAACUGUCAUUUGAAAUGAUGUGCACUGCAUCAAGCAACACACUUGGUUCUUGUUUACAGGCAAAGAAGGCUUCCACGUCAUUAUUCUUCAUGCAUUCAUUAAUAACGCAUAGCAUACAAAAUGGUUUCCCCUAAAGGCUUGAGUCUGGUGCUUGUCUUUCUUACAGCAAGUUAAAAGGUGAUGGGGAGAAUGAAAAGGUAUUCUGUAGAAAAGCUGGCUUGCAGGUUUGUCAUGCAGUGCACCAAGGCUUUUCUGAAUGCAUUAACUCUUGCCUUUCUCUUUUCCCCGAAGCCAUUUGAGGCUGCCAUUAUUUCCAUUUAGGGUGGAAGGUAAAUUUCUGUUUUGUUUCCCAAUCUUGCAUUGGAUCAAUGUUAAUGGAAAUGCACAAUGCAUGAUGCUGUCAUUAUUUUUCAAUCUUUAAAAGCCUGCUUAAUUCACAGAUUGUUCAUUUUCAAAGUUUGAAUUUAUUGUCGUCCAAUAAAACUUGAAUUAUCAUACCUUUCCUUCAACGUCAGAAAGGUGUAAGUCAUUAAUCAGAAAGAUUUCACAUCCCUAGAAAAAUGUUUCUUUACAAUAAAGAGAACACUCCCAGAAGGAGUAACUGAAGCCAACUAUAGGUGGUUUGUUUCAAAACAUGAAAUUGGAACAAAAUAUAUUUAUUUAAAAAAAAAGUUCUUGCCCACUCAGAUCUUGCCUAAAAUUGCAAUAUCAUUUUUAAACUACAUGCACCUCAUUUCAAACUUAACACAGAUUGUUGUCCUGAAAAUUUGGCCAGAAUUCAGACUCUGACAUGAUGGUAAAAUUGCUUAUUUUUAUGGAUGGAUUGUUGUAGGAGACAAUGAAGAAGUUCAUGAUUGCUUUCCAUGCAUGGUUUAAUGAACUCUUAAAGGCCUUUGAGCAUUCUGUCUGAGAAGAACAGCAUAUCUCAUUGCACUUGCUAUAUUUAGCUAUUGCCAUCUCUAUGCAUACCGUGAGCAACAUAUGUUGUAAUGGUCAUAUCCGAAUGCUACUUCUAUAAUAUGCAAUGACUCUAUUUCACAUUAGUGUUUGAAAUGAAUAUAUGACUAACAUAUUCAAAAAUGCAAUCUCUGCCAUUAUAGGUAGCUGCGACACUAAAAUGCUGCAUAUUCUUUUGUGGCCUUUGAAAAAAAAAACCUACAUGUGGGAUAAGGCAUGAAUAUGUAUGAAGGCAUGAGGAAUGUGUAUCAAGGUGUCAUGAAUAUGUAUGAGUUGAAUGGUUUUUAUCUGACCAUCAAGGUAUAAUCUUUGAUGAGUAAUUUUAAAUGAUAGACAUCUUGAAAUGUAGCAAAAAGAACCUUCUCAUAGAAUACAGAAUUUGUCACUUAAGACUUGAAAGUAGGACAGAAAAUGUCAAGACAUUGGAUAUGAUAUAAAGUUCUACUAUAUAUUUUUUUAUGAAAAAUUAAGUUUGUAUUAAGAUGAGGCCUAUGCAUCCAUUAUUUAUUGUUCCCAUUGACCAUAAGAUUUAUGUAUAUUUCUUCAUCAUUUUGUGUUGCAGUUAUCAUUGCAAUUUAUGCACUAUAUUGGGCAGUGUUUUCAUGAUUUAACACAUAGAACAUGGUAAUAAUUCUAUAUUAGAUGUGUUUUUGCCAAUCUACCAACACCAAAAACAUUUGACCAUUUUUUCCUCAAUAAUAUACUAUCUGCAGUAAUUACUUGAACUUUAUGAAAAUUAUUCUCUUCCUUCAUCAGCCAAUAAAAUGGCAGCUCAGUAGCUUAUGACAGUAGCAUGUAAUGUGCCAACUGUUUUUGUGUAACAGGGCCCUGCUAUCAGGGUAAGAUAUUAACAUAGUGAGUGUUCCCCUGUUCACCCGUCUCAAUACCUUAUCAUAACAUAUGGUAAUCUGCUAUCCCUUCUUCUGCCUAAUAGAUCUACUAAGCAGCAUACAAGAAACAUCGGACAAUUGAUUGCUUCAGACAUGAAGAUUUUAGAAACAAGCGUUUGGAUGUAAAACGUGAGGUGUAUAUUAUGAAGAGGUGUAUGUGAUCACGAGGUUGCUUGUAUAUACUUAUGAAAAUUAUGGAGGAUAAUAAUAUUUCUCUGUAAUUAUUUGAUCACAUGAAUGUAUUUAAAUUUACUUUUAUCCUGUCAGGAUUGCAAUGCCCACUUUUUGAUACUAUGGUACGAAUUAAUAUUACUUGAAUUGUAUCAAAUCUAAAGUGUGAUAGAUUAAUGUUUAUAUUCCUUUAUGAAAUGAUUUACCUUGCAUCUCAUAGCUCAAAGUAUACCUGUAACUCAAACUCACCUUCAAGAUUUUUUUUGGCAAAAUAUUUAAAUGUAAAAAUAAAAAAACAAUGUAUCGGUAUAUACGUGUUAACUCAUAUGUUUCUGCUGUGACUCAAUUAUCGUAGUGACGUUAUCUCUUGGAACAGUCUCUUGAAAGAAGAGUGAUAAAAAGGGAUAUCAUAUCACCUUUAAUGUACUGUACUUGGUUACGUACAAAAGGUCACAGUUCUUUUUAAGAACUUUUUCUACCUCCAGACUAACCACUAUCUUCAUUGAAUUGGCAACAUCAAACGUUGCCGCUCUUCAUUAUAGGAAAAUAAUCACCUGUUCAGAGAGGUCAAAUCCUGAUAGAAGCAUAUGCUUUGUUGUUUAUAAGAUAUCCAACAACAGUGUUUUCUAUUUCAAUUUUUGUUAUCAAAGGGUUAUUUAUGAUUUUUCAUUAAGCUGUCAGUACUGAGUUGUAGUGAGUUCAUAAUACAUUUGAAAAACAAGUAUUUAUAUUUCAUUCUUGGUUUUAUUAGUGUGCAUAGUUUGAUCUGAAAAGGGGUACAUAAUACAUAUAUGCAUGUUUUGUUUAUUUUUUAAUGAUACCUGUCCCUAUAUCUGAAUAAUUCUUUUGGGUAAAAAUCAAUUCAUAGUAAUUGUUCAUUUGUAUACAACUGUAUUGAGCUUUGAUUAAGAUAACAACACUUUGCCCAAUGCAAUUGAAUACAAAGCAUGGAAUCUAAUUGUACAUUCACAAUAGGAUUUGGUGUCAAGGUUUUUAUGAUGCACAGAAUGAUUGAUGAUAUGAGUUGAUGUACUUUAGUAACAGUACAUGUACCAAGAAGUUUAUCAGUACUCAAUUUGAAUGAUGUGUCAUUGUCCAAUUGGUUUUUGCAGUACUGUCUUUUAAUAGUUAAUGCACUCUAAAUUUCAGAGAUUUGAAGUAAGUUCAGAAAGGCUGUGCACAAAUACCAGCUGAACAGUGGAUUAUUUAGAAUCUUAAGGAUUUAUUAUCAAAUCUCAAAAGAUUCCAAUUCAAAUCUUCUAUUUAACUUGAGGUUAAAAUCUAAAUCCAAUGUUCAGUUAGUCACAAUUCACAGUAGUUCAUGAUUUUAUUCUAAAUCUUUUAAAUUUAGAGUGAGGAUGACUAAGUAUUACUCAUGAUACGUACCUACCUAAAUUCAGUUGGAGGUCUGAAUAUCUUGAUGAUUCUGUGCAUCAGAUUUUGUCAGUUUGAUUUCAGAUAAAAAUUGUCCCAUUUUGUUUCAUAUAAAUGUGUAUAUAAUUUCACCUCCCAUAUGUCUGUAAUUGCCCAAUUUCCUGCCAAUCUUUGUUUCAAGAAUCAUGCAUGAAAUUGAAUCUUCAGCAAAGAUUCAAAGAGGCAGGUGAAUUAGGUGGACAAUCUGUUCAAUAGCAAGAUAUCAUGUACCAGGAAGGGACAUGUCAAUUUCAUUCAAUGCCAAUUUUGGGUGAAAUCAAUCCAAGAAAUUUAAUUUUACUGUCCCACGGGAAAAUGUUUGCAUGGAACAUGUUGGUUGAUAUUUUCACAGUGGUUUCAGUCCAACAUCUCUAAAAUCUCCAUUACUGCAUUUUGCUAUUGCUGAACAUGAAAACAAUACCAAAAUUGUAAAAAAUAAUAUCUGAAAUCUCUUGACUUGUGCAUAAUAACCUAAAUUUAUUAAUAUUUUAUCUCAUACAAUUUUUUGUGAACAGAAAGAAAAUAUAAUUUACUGGUAUUAACAGCAUGGUUUAUAAGAUGUUUCCAUAAUAUAGGAGAAGAUGAACAUAUCAAGGGCACGAAGCUUUCCCAUCUAUCUUCUAAACUGAUAAUACUGUGCAGAAUAGCAUACUUUGGUGUAUACUGAUCAUACAUAUGAGAGGUCACUGAAAAUAACUUGCAGUAUUUAGGAUGAUAGGAAAACCAAAAAGGAGAGAUAUGGGGGGGGGGAUGGUAGAGAGAAUUAGAAAAAAGAAUAUCCCAUCCAUCUCAAUCUAGAAUGGGAUUGAAAUUCAGUUUUAUUUCCCCGGACAGUGUAAAGUGAUACAAUCAUCUGACUUGAGUAGUAAAUGACAAUCAUAUAUCCUCAGGCAUACUGUCAAUGAAACUGCAUUAUGAUGGUAAUCAUAGGAGAGAUAUAGAUGAAUAUAUUUACAGUUUCAUUUAUUUGAUAUUCAUUGGAAACAUGAUGAAUCUGUUAUGUGUUGCUGUUCAAAUUGACGGGUUGUAUCUUUACUAGAAAACAUCCUUGACCACACUCCACCAAAGACUUUCUUCUUGAAAGUUGAAAUGUGAUCAUUCAAAGGAACUUACAUCUAUGAGAUAUAUUGGAUGAUUAGUUUCAUUUUUAUCUGUCCUUGGUUGCAUAUUUAUAAAAAUUCCAUGGAAUCUUUUUUUAUGCCACAGUGCAUCUCUUUAUCUCACUGUGUGCAUAAUUGAAACCCAAGGCUAGCAUUGCAUUUUCAUUUAUCUUUGCUCACUUAUUAUAUGCACAACUGCGCAUAUCAACUCUCCCUGUCUGGGUUAUUUACCCAUGCCCCCAUCCCACGCUCCUUAACUGGAGCAUUUCACGCAUCAUGGUUAUUACUUUUCACCAGGAGAUGGAGUGAUAUCCAAGGUUGAUGAUGGACGAUAACGCAAGAGAGCGUGGCCCAAUGAUCUGCCCUCCUCCUCCCUAUGGCCAUUUAGAAUAGGUGUGGAAAAUUGGAAAUUGAUUCGGGAAUAUGAAAUGAAUAAUUAAUACCUUUGCACUCUCUCUCUCAGUCCUCCCUUGAAGUGUCUAUCUGUUUGAGGGAAAGAUAGUUAUUGAUGAGUUUAGAUAAGGUAUGUAUGAUGUUUUGACAGUUAAUGAUUGUAUACAACUCCAAUACUCCAAAAAAAGUCAUUUGUCUGUGCAUUAUGCAUGAUAUUGUAUUUCAUUUUAUUUCACAGUAAACCAACCCCAAAGUAUUUUUCCCAAUUAAAUCCUUUCAAGUUCUUUUUUAUUCUCUCAUUGUGCUGAAUCUCAAGUUUACAGUCUACUGUCAAGGGACCUAUUUUCGCACAAAUCCAUGAUAGAAAUGGCAUGAAUAAACAUACAUGUAGUUCAUGUCUAUUUUUGUUGUGAGUCGAGUAAAGAUAUCUUUCUCCAAGGAAUGCUAGGAAUUCUAAAUCGGUGCUAAGAGUUGUUACAAGUAAAAUGUGUGACUUGGAACUACUUCUCUAUGACCCCAUCCAUCUUGGGUUACUAAAAGCAAAUAGACAGAAGGUGGAUGGAAGAGGUUGCAUUCAUCAUGGAGAGGAAACCUCUCCCACCAUUUUUAGUAUCUGGAGACCGUGUUGGUGUAUUCACACCUCCUCCAUUAGGAAAUGAAGAAAAUUUUCAAGCCUGGAAUCAUCCGAUAAUUCACCUUCACUGUUAUAUUGACAAUAUUAAGUUUCCAUGGUCAUGAACAUGAAACAAUUUUUGCAAUAUAGAAAAAGAUGUUCACCCUUGCAUCACAU